UCCUUGAAUCACCUAGUAGUUCUUAUCACAGAAACAACUGUGACUUUUGUUCCAGUGCAGCACGAUCAACUUCGAAAUUCGAACUGCAACGCCACGCGAUCAGCUUGCAAAACCGGUACUAAUUGCACCGUCAGCAGGUCGAUAGUCUAGCAAUGGGUCUCAUCCUAAAACUUCUUUCCGCGAUCCUGCUGAUCGCUCUGCUCCCCGGACUUCCACCGUACACCACGUUCCCAUUCACCGGCUUCAGUAUAGCUCCGCUGAAGAAGCUUGAAGGACCCCUUGCAAUUAACCGGCAGCUGGACGAUGUGGAACGUCUGCUCGAGGGACGCCUCUACGGACCGGAGGCGUUGCUACCGCUCGGUUCCGAUAUCUACACCGGAACCUACGGCGGGCAGAUCGUGCGCAUCAACGAGACGCACAUUUCGCCGGUGGCUAGAUUGGGAGGUCAUUGUGAAUCUCUGGAGGACGAGCAAGUUUGCAGUCGACCGCUGGGACUGACGUUGGAUACACAGCGGACCAACUCGCUGAUCGCCGUCGAUGCGUACUCCGGCAUUUGGGAGGUCGAUCUGGUCAGCGGAGACAAGAAGCAGCUGGUAUCGCGAGAUCUUGUGCUGGACGGAUUUGGUGUCAAUCGGAAGCCACAACUGUUCAACAGUGUGACCGUCGCCAAGAAUGGAGACAUCUACUGGACGGAGUCCUCUUCGGACUUUGACCUGCAGGAUGCGGUGUCGACAAUUUUCGCAAAUCCUUCCGGAAGGUUGUUCAAGUAUGAUCGGAAAUCAAAGAAGAAUACUGUGCUGCUCGAUCAGCUGUACUUUGCUAAUGGUGUAGCGUUGAGUCCAGAUGAGGAGUUCGUACUGGUUUCGGAGACUUUCGCGUCGCAGGUUCGUCGCGUGUACUUGAAAGGCGAGAAAGCUUUUGAAAGUGACAUCUUCGUGAGCGGUCUACCCGGUUUACCGGACAACCUUAGCGGAGACGGCUCCGGACUGUGGGUCCCACUGGAUGUAGCCGCCGGCGCUGAGAACCCUUUGCUAGUCCACCUGAUGCCGAACGUCCCACUGAUCCGGAAGUUCUGCGCACGUGUCAUCGCCCUAGCUAGACUGCCAUUCCAGUUGGUUCACCGACUGCUACCGAACGUGUACACGCGACGCUUUCUCUACUCGAUCGGUCACUUUGAAACGCUCAACUUUCUGAUCCCGGCUCACACCACCAUAGUUAGGAUGGACUGGAGUGGACGGAUCGUGGGGUCGCUGCACGGAUCUGACGGAACCAGCGGGAGCUCGGCGACGCAUGCUGUGCACGUCGGUGAGUUUUUGUACCUGGGAUCGGUUCGAAAUCGAUUUGUUGGAAGAGUGAGGCUGCCACCUGGACUCGUGACCGGUGAGCCAGCUCCGAUUCACGAGAAAAUUCUGGAUGAUGCACCAAGGCCAAAGCAGGGAAAACUCAAAGUUAUUCGUAAAGAUGGUGAAGGAGAACUCUAGUCGAGGUUGGUUUGCGAAAGAAUCAAAGAAAUAAAGUUGAAAUUUUUCUCAGUGUAAAA